ACUAAAGCCCAUAAACCCUUAGCCCAUGCAUGCAGCUGUGCCCUAGUUUCUUUUCUUUCCAGCGGCGGGUUUUUAUUUCCUCUUUUUCCACCCUCUCGAACGUUUUCUUCUUUUCCAGUGCUUUUCUUCGGAUCGGCCACAUAUCCUGUGUCCUUACCGGCGUCGACAAGGGUGUGGCCUUCGUUCAGAUGGUGUAAGAGCUGUUGUAAUUGUAUCACUUGAGAGGAACUGUUGCCUGACUUGAUUUUGUAAAUCUUAGUCUCCCCUCAUAGCAUGGACAACACCAGCAAUGAUGAUUUCACCUUUUGUAAGGUUGGGUUACCGACUGAUCAAAAUGGUUUGGAGGAAAAGAAUCUUGCAGCUGAUAUUGGUGGUAUUGCCAUUAAAGACGAAACCUCAAACUGCAGCGAUAAUAGCAAGAAUGGUGGUUUUCCCUGGAAAGAUAAACAUCCAAAUAAUGCCACAUUUGUAGAUCAGGCUACUGUUGGUUCUUUGACUUUCAAUGUUAUUGAUGCUUCAUGUUUGAAAUCAUCAGGUGAAUCAUCAAGACAAGUAGCAUAUGUAGAUGCGGGUGCUUCAGCAGUGAAGUCAGAAAAACCACGAAGUUCUACCAGAAAGUCUGCACCUCGGACCAAGGUUCCUUUUGAGAAGGGAUAUAGUCAAAUGGACUGGCUUAAGCUUAGUCAAACUCAUCCUGACCUUGCAGGAUUGAAAGGGCAGUCAAAUAGGAGGCUUGUUUCAAUGAGUGAAGUUAAGCAAAAUCAAAAAGAAGGUUCCAUGUGGACUGUUCUGAAAGGACGUGUCUACAAUAUAUCUCCAUACAUGAAGUUUCACCCUGGAGGUAUUGAUAUGCUCAUGAAGGCAGUGGGGAAAGACUGUACAUCUUUAUUCAGUAUCCUUUUUCUUUUUUUAAAAAAAUAAAAAAAUCUAUUUGUGGUGAGCACCGAGAUACAGCCAUACUCAAUGGAGAUGCUUGAAAGCAAGGCUUAAGAUAUACGAGGGUCAUGUUUUUCAGUGGUAUUGGUGCCUUGGACAAAGGCUCCAGACUUGGUGAAAGUAUAAGCUAUUUAUUUUCCUUAACUUGUGUAUAAGACAAAUACCAUGCUUGGGUAAACGCUGAAUUCUUGCUGGAAAAAUGUCUGGUUGGUACUUUGGAUGAUGGCAAAGGCACCCAGACAUUGUAAAACCGCUUCUUGGUACUCAGCCAUGUUGUCUAUUGUUAUUGUAAGCGCAGUAGAGGAUGCAAUAAGAUCCGUAGCUAUGGCCCGUGGGACAAAUCUUAUCAUUCGAUAUUAUAAAAGAAAUUCUGUUUCCCAUUCUUACCUCCAACAAUCGGUACCAACCAGUGUUCUAAUGUAGUUAACUCUGUAUAAAUAAUACGUACUGAAAGUUGAAAUAAAAAUGUUGUUCAAGACAACAUUAUUGUUAUAAA